AUGGAAGCAGAGAAGAUUUAUACCGUGCAUUCCAUGCUUAAAUUGGUAUACCACCGCAAUAAGAAUCAACAUAAGAAGACCAAAUGGUGGAAGUGGCUGUCAGUAUUAAAGCAUACCACCUGGAACCUCGCGCGAUCUCUUGACUGUAUACAAUCACCUAGCGGAGCGGCAGAAUCUCCUGAUCUACACAUACAGUGCCUUGCGAACCAUGUCCUUCCAAGGUGUUACCUGGCUUUCUCAACAGUUGUGGCCGAUGGGCAAUUUUCUACUCUUGGGGCAGUGUUAUUAGGCACAUUGGCUUGCCUUGCAAAAUCCACAGGAAUUGACAAAGAAAUGAAGUUUGCAGCUCAGACAGAAGCCCGUAGGGCCACUUCACACGCUAGGAUCGAUGGCCCAGAAGAUGUCGGGGAGGUUCUGUCUCGAGAUAACGCUUUGUCAGGUCUGGGGGAAUUUCUAGAGAAGCCUUGCUCAAAGCUAGAAGAAUGCCCGAAGUCCAGCUCGAAGAAAUCGAAGAAGAUUACGGAUUUCGCCGUAAAGCAGAGUAAAAAUAAGAAGAGAAAGAAGAAAAAGGAUGCCAUUGACGACCUUUUCGAUAAUCUCUUGUAA